UUAUCUCAAUUUUCCACGAUGAAAUUUCUUACAUUGUUCAUUUGGAUUAUUGCAUGUGGGUUUAACAAUACGCAACCUUUAUCAUAUGAGGAGAACAUUCAAAGACUGGAAUCUUGUGGCAAGAUUUUACCCGAGGAAAGUUCAAAUAGUAUCACUAAGUCUAAAUACUUUAAAAACUGGUUUGGUAUUGCUGCAUUUCAAAAUGGCAACCAGUACAACUUUCGCACCGUAGGAACUUUUAUUUCAAAACGACAUUUUCUCACAUUGGCUUAUGCAUUGAUGAAUAGUAAUAUGACCUGGAGAGCCAAACACACUAAAUUCCGUGAUUCUUGUGUCUCUGGAAUGGAAGAUUCCAUUGUUCCACCAGAAGUAGUAGCUGAUUUGAAGAUUUUUGUUUGCCCCAACGGAAAAGGAAAACAUUGCCCCCCUUCAAUUCCAAAGAAGGCAUGGCUUCAUGGGAUCUGCAAGAACAACAUCAAGAAAUUAUUUUCUUCAAUUCACACCCCAAUGCUUGUGGAAGUUGAAACCCCCAUUCCAGGAUCAUCUGUAUGUGUUCCCGAAAAGAAAACUCAAAUUUUGGAAGAACCCUCUUUUGUUUAUAUGUUUAUACCAUCUAAUGGAAGUGUGGUUGAGAAACUUGUCAAUAUUACAAAUUCUAACUGGUUGGAAAUUACAACACAGUUGUUAGGUGGAAUUAAGGAGUAUUGUGGAAGUUUAAUAAAAAAGAUUCAUGGAAAAUGGACAAUGAUCGGCUUAGGAACCCCAAAAAACGUGUGGAAAAAACAUUCAUUCUUCUUCAACUUGAAACGGUUCUCUGGAAGUUUUUGCCAUUUUGCUGGAAUCUGCGAGAAACGCAAACAAAAAACUACUAUAGCGUCCAUCAAAACGACGACCUCAAUUCCAUCAACUUCUACACUUCAAAUCAAUCAUACAACUGGCUCAACUGUGAACUCUACAACUAGGAUGAUUUCUUCGACAAUUCCAUCAACUCCCAAUUUGCAAAUCAAUUCUACGACUAGCUCAAUUCAAAACUCUACAACUAGUAUGAUCUCUUCAACAAUUUCUUCAACUUCUUCCAAUUCAACAUCUUCAACAAUAAAUGUUCCGAAAACUGCUGCCCCAGAAGAGGAGAUUGAGGAAGGGCCCAGUGAAGAGAAAGAUGAAAAUGUUGAUGAGAAAGAUGAUAUCGAGAAUGAAACAGAAGUGGAUAAUGAUUUGUAUGUUAGCAUGGAUUUUCUGGACAGUGCCAGUGGAUGGACUAUUGAACUCGUUUUGCUUUUUGUUAUAGUCUUUGUUUGAAUAAAAUAUUUUGGAACUACA